AUGGCGGAAAACCUACUUUUGGAUGAGGACUACAACAUCAAAUUGGCUGAUUUCGGAUUCUCCAAUUUCUAUGACGGGGAGAAUAAACUGGACACAUUCUGUGGGAGUCCACCAUAUGCUGCUCCAGAGCUUUUUCAGGGUCAGAAGUACUACGGUCCGGAGGUUGAUUGUUGGUCGUUGGGUGUGAUUUUGUAUACUUUGGUCAGCGGCUCGUUGCCGUUUGAUGCGCAUCAUUUGAAAGAUGCCGGGUUUGCUGGAGGUGAAUUCAACAUCUCGGCACAAACGUGCCUUGCCCCUAUUUAG